AUGAGUAAGGGUUUCUUUGUAGUUAUGUUGCGUGAUGAGCAUACAAAAGCCAGAAUCCGUAACAGGAAAUGGUUUGUUAAUCAACAAGAGCUACGUAUGAUGGAUUGGUACCCUGGUUUCGAUCCUGAAAGACAAAAUACUUCCCAUGCACCUGUUUGGGUUCAUCUCCCGGGUCUUCAUGCAGAGUUAUGGACUGAGAGAUCUUUGUUAUCCAUUGGGAAAGCAGUUGGUAAUCCGAUUGUAGUUGAUCAAAGAACAUUGAAUCUGGAGUUUGGAAGCUACGCAUCAGUGCUAGUUGAUGUAGAUUUUGCAAAACACAUUUCUGACAGAAUUCUACUAACAGCUGGUGGGAGAACUUUCUGGCAAUAUGUGGAGAUACCUAAGCAUCCAAAAUUCUGUUUGCAUUGUAACAUUAUUGGACAUAAUGAGAGUGAGUGUAGGAGGAAACCAAAGUCUGAUGAAUCUGUCAAGGAGACGGAGGAUACUCAAGAAUGGCAGGCAGCUAAAGGUAAAGAUAUUAAUAUACUUGUUGUUGUUGGGGAGAAUGUUGCUGGUAAGGAGGAUACUAGUCAGCUUGAAGAGGUGCUGGCUGCUUCUGAAGCUCAGCUUCGUGCAGCGUCUGACGCUGUUGAGACAGCUAAACAGGCGCUUGCUGCGAAAAGAGCAUUAGCUAACAUACUGAUGGUAGAUGAAACCACAAUUGCAUCUAAGUCAGGAAAGAGUGAUGAAUUGGCGAGAACUAAUCACUCUAGUACUGAUAGGAACCAGGCCAACUCUUCUACUCCCUUUAUACCUAUUCAAGACGCAGUGGUUCAUAGUAUUGCGGAGACACCUACCUGCAAUGCUUUGACGGAUAAUACUGUGGUUAUCUCACCGAAUAAAUUUGAUGUUUUGACAGCUGAGUUGGGGCUAGACAACACAGUGCAACAAUCUAAUCAGGAGGAGGAGAGUUCGGAUGAGGAACUCACGCCAGAGAAAGCAUCAGCAGGUGUCAAGGGAGCCAAAUGGUCCGAGAUUCCAGUUGAGAAAGUUGUGACUAAGCAAACUAGGAAGCCUGGUCGUGUUCUAAUUCAGACUAGUUCGCAACAAAGUACUUCACAAAGUUAUACUCAAAACAAAUCUCCAGAAUCCAAGUCUGACUCGGACUCUGAGGUUAAUGAUUUGGGAAUCAGAGUUAGCAAAGGUUUCUCUCCAGUUAUUGAAAAAAGAGUUCCGAUUAAGAAUCCUAAGAUAUCUUCUAAACCAAAAAAGACGGUUUCCUAA